CGUGCGCAUUGCGGUUUGCUGAAGAGCACCAGCCUUCUUCAGUUCUUCCCCAAGUUCGGUAAAUAACUCGUGUAUUUUUCCAUGCCGCAAGCAGGAAAUCGCGAUGUGCUACAAAACGAUAAUUACUUUACUCGCGUCCAUGGUGACCUUGUCACUGUUGGUGAAUGCGCAAAAUCGGCUGCCGCCAAUUCAAACAUAUCAACCACAACCACAACAACAGCAGCAGCCGCAACGUCAUAACGAUAUUAUUGACGAAUCUGUGACGCGUAUAGAAAACGAUGAGUUUGAGGUGGAUAUAAUUGUGAGACGAAAAAGCAAUUCAGCACGACCGAGUGUGAGUUUUCAACAAACACUCACGACCACCUCCAAUACGAAUCGCAUUGUGAACGAGGCUAAAAUCGUAUUUCCAAGCAAUACCGACCAGCAGCAAAGUGAAAGCCGCCGGCAAGAGUACGAAUUUAAUGGGCGUGAGCGUGAACGUGAACGUGAGCGCGAGUUCCUACCCGAAAGGGAUAAUGUACGCCGGGCGGAUAAUCAGCAGGAACGUAGAAAACAAGUACAAGAAAGUGAGCGUAAUCGUGUGCAAAGCUUUGUGGGUGAAUCAAAGAGAAAUGCCGACUACUUUGAGCAAGAAUUGAAACGCAGGAGAGAAAAUGAACUUGAUUUUGAACGUAAUCGACCGUUUAAUGGUGAUCAAGCACGACUUAGUGAUCGUGAUCGGGAUCAUGAACGUGGUGAUAGUGGUGUACGCGAACAGGAAGUGCCUAAUCGUGAGCGUCUUCAAACCAGCGAAAAUUCACAAAAUCAAGAGAUAACUCAACAAAGGCCAGAAGGGGAAAACCGUCGUCUGUGUGAAGUAAAAUACAAUGAAUAUAUUGCACGCAUAUUUCGCAAUGACGAAGAUACUUCGGCGGACGCAAACGACUCUGAAUUCGAUGGACGCGUAUUGGCAACACCCGGUGAAUACCCGCACAUGACAGCCCUGGGCUUUGAGAGAGAUGACAAAACUUACGAUUAUAAAUGCGGUGGAAGUUUAAUAAGUGAAUAUUUCGUUAUAACAGCAGCGCAUUGUACAAAUAUAACGAGCGAAGUACCCACAAUAGCACGUAUUGGCGAAACGAAUUUGAUGGUGAAUAAGGAUAAUCCAGGACCACAAAUAUUUGGCAUAAGCAGCAUAUACACACAUCCACGCUAUGAUGGGGUGACCUACUACAAUGACAUAGCCUUAUUGCUGUUGAAUGGGAGCGUGGAAUUCACGGAAUUCGUGCGUCCCAUAAGAUUGUGGACACAGUCCGACCUGCCGCUCGCCACAGCCUUCGCCAUGGGCUAUGGCGCCACCUCAUUCGCACGCGCACCCACACAACGACUCACCGAUUUCAAUUUGACAAUCGUUGGCAACGAUGACUGCAAUCGGCGGCUGCCACAGUUGGAUGAAGUGCCACGUGGCAUAAUUGAGAGUCAAGUUUGUGCACAGGAUUUUGUAAUGCAACGCGACACCUGUCAGGGCGACUCCGGCGGUCCAUUGCAGUACAAUAUCAGAGGCAAACGGCGCAGGAAGCGCAUACAUUACCAUUUGAGUGGCAUCACCUCGUUUGGUUUGCUUUGCCGCAGCCAAAACCCAGGGGUCUACACACGUAUCUACUCAUUUCUAGAUUGGAUUGAGCACACGGUUUGGGGCAAUUAUGGGCACUGAAGCGGAUUUUCAGAACAAAGUAAUUAAGAGUUUAAAUUAGCGGAAAUAUGAUAUG